AUGAUUGUUAAUAAUAUUUGGAAUUUACCAAAACUUGCUUUUUGCUAUUUCGAUAUUCGUGUUUAUAAACAAGAAACUCCUUUUCUACUUACUCAAGUAUCAACAUCUUUAAGAAAAGUAUUCAUUUAUAGACAAAGAUUUAAAUGGAAUGAAUUAUAUCGAUUAUUUGAAUGUACACCUCAUCUAAAAUGUCUUCGUAUUUCGAUGGAUGAAGUCGACAAUACUGAUUAUCAACCAUGUCCUAUUCCGACAUUAAUCUAUUUAAACAUUUCUGGUUUUCGUAUGUCAAACAUUUCGAAAAUGAUGUACUUGUUACAAAACAUACCUAAUUUACGUUGUUUGAAAAUCCAUUUAUCAUAUCAUUUUAUAAAUGGUUAUCAAUGGGAACAAAUCAUUAAGAAUUAUUUACCUAAACUUAAAACAUUCCUUUUGAAUAUGUGCGACGUAACUGCUAACAAUCAUAAUAUAGAAGAACAAGCUAAUGAAUUAAUGAAUUCAUUUCGAAGUUCAUUUUGGAUUGAUGAACAUCAAUGGUUUGUUCGAUGUUUUAUAUUCGAUGGAUUGAUUUAUAUCGGAAAUUCAGUUCAUUAUGCCGAUGAUGGUCAUCCUUACUUAUGGAAAUCAACAUAUCCAAAUGAUAAUUAUUUGAAUAUUUACAAGAACAUGACUCAUAUCUAUAAUGAGACAUUUUUUGAUCAAUCAUUUCCAUCUAAUGUUCGUUUACCGAACAUUGAAUUUCUUUGGAUCAAACUACCUAUCAAAGAACAAUUUUGGACUAUUGUUCCAAGUUUAAAUCAGUUAUAUUUACUUUCGAUCUCAUUCUAUACAGAUACUUUUCAAUUACAAUUACAACGUUUACUUGAUCGAGCAUCAAAUCUUUGCUGUUUAGAAAUCAAACAACAUGAAUCAUUACCUUUACAAAUAUCAUUUUUGACAUGUAUAAAUACAUCAAUUCGUCAACUUUAUUUACAAAAUCAUUGGUUCGAUGAAGAAGAAUGUAUAACAAUGACUCAAUCAUCAUUAGGUGUUUCAUGUGAAGUACUUUUUAUUAAAGUCAAAACUCGUGAAAAUAUUCUUAUUCUUAUGAAAAAUAUGAUCAAUCUUCGAGCAUUAACUAUUCAAUUUGAUGAUGAUAUAUAUUCAAAAGUUUUAUUAUCAAAAAAAACCAUUCAUGAUUUAUAUAGAUCAAAUAAUGAUGAUCUACUUCACUGGUUAAAACAUCAUUUACCAUCAACAAGUUUAGUUGUUAGAAAUGCAGACACUAUCAAUCUUAUUCAUAUAUGGAUUUCAUAA